AUGACGUUUGAUUAUAUGAAUAGAAGGGGAUUAUUUGAUAAUUUUGAAGAAACUCAGCCACAUACAUGUAAAACAAAUGGAUCAUUUAAACACGAAAUAAACAUUUGUGUUACUCCUGGAGUAGCACAUAUAAAAGAAUUAUCUUACUGCAUUUAUAUUGAAUACAACACUGUAGGAGAUUCGAAAAGAAUCACAGAUUUUGUUGGAACACAAGAAAUAGGGGCUUUAAAUUAUUGCAAAAUACAAAAAUUUAAAAUUGAGUGGAAUAUAGAAAAUAUUCAAUUUAUUGUUGUUUGGAGUGAAAAUAUAUUUUUUGGGAAAGACGAUGUUUUGUAUGCGAGUCAUUUCAACGUCAAAAACGAAGAUUUUGUUCCUCAUGGUACAAUUACAUUGGAUAUAAACACCGUCGGAAAAACAGAACUUGAGCAUGAUAGAGAGACUGUCUAUUGA